AUGGUUCUUCAAGACCUCGGUCGGCGCAUUAGCAGCGCUGUGCACAACCUCAAUCGAGAGGCGAAUCUCGAUGAAAAGGCUUUCGAUGCCAUGCUCAAGGAGAUUUGCGCCGCCCUCCUCGAAUCCGAUGUCAAUGUGCGCCUCGUAGGGCAGCUUCGAAAGUCGAUUCGCGCGAGUGUCAACUUCAAGGAGCAACCGGCGGCGGUGAACAAGAAGCGCAUCAUCCAGAUGGCCGUCUUCAACGAGCUCGUCAAACUUGUCGAUCCCCACGCCGAGGCCUUCCGCCCCAAGAAGGGCAAGACCAACAUCAUCAUGUUUGUCGGUCUGCAGGGUGCUGGUAAGACGACAACAUGCACAAAGCUGGCGAGGUACUACCAGACAAGAGGAUUCAAGUCGUGCCUGGUCUGUGCGGAUACCUUCCGCGCGGGUGCGUUCGAUCAGCUGAAGCAGAACGCCACCAAGGCCAAGAUCCCCUACUACGGCUCGCUGACGGAGACGGACCCGGCUGUCGUGGCGAGGGAAGGUGUGGAAAAGUUCAAGAGGGAGAAGUUUGAGGUGAUUAUUGUCGAUACCUCGGGUAGGCACAGGCAAGAAUCGGCCCUUUUCCAGGAGAUGGUGGACAUCCAGACAGCGGUCCGGCCAGACGAGACCAUCAUGGUGCUGGAUGCGUCGAUAGGUCAACAGGCCGAGUCUCAGGCCAAGGCCUUCAAGGAGGCGGCCGACUUCGGUGCCAUCAUCAUCACCAAAACCGACGGCCACGCCAACGGCGGUGGUGCCAUUUCCGCCGUCGCCGCUACGCACACUCCUAUCGUGUUCAUCGGUACAGGUGAACACAUGCUUGACCUCGAACGAUUCUCGCCAAAGCAAUUUGUGCAGAAGCUCCUCGGCAUGGGCGACAUCGCCGGCCUUGUAGAGCACGUGCAGAGCCUACGCCUGGACCAGAAGGACACGAUGAAGCACAUCGCCGAAGGUAUCUUUACGGUGCGCGAUCUCCGGGAUCAGCUGUCUAAUAUCAUGAAGAUGGGACCUUUGUCCAAGAUGGCGGGCAUGAUCCCCGGCAUGAGCAACAUGAUGCAGGGACUCGAUGACGAGGACGGCAGCGCCAAACUCAAGCGCAUGAUCUACAUUUGCGAUUCUAUGACGGAGAAGGAGCUCGAUUCGGAUGGCAAGAUUUUCGUUGAGCAGCCGACGAGGAUGACGCGCAUCGCCAGAGGAUCCGGUACCUCGGUACGUGAGGUGGAGGAUCUCCUCACGCAGCAGCGCAUGAUGGCGGGCAUGGCUAAGAAGAUGGGAGGAAACAUGAAGAACAUGCAAAGGGCGCAGGCGGCCAUGGCGGGAGGCAACAAGGCCCAACAACUCGCGGCGAUGCAAAAGAGGAUGCAGAGCAUGGGAGGUGGCGGCGGUGCGGGCGGCAUGCCCGAUAUGGGUAGCCUGAUGAAGAUGCUUGGGGGCGGGGGUGGUAUGCCCGGUGGCGGCGGCAUGCCGGACAUGGCUGCCAUGCAGAACAUGAUGAAGCAAAUGGGCAUGGGUGGCGGAAUGCCGGGCAUGGGAGCCCCAGGCGGCGGACGGAGGCGAUAA